GUAGGUGUUUCUCCAAAUAACAAAUAAGAUCGUACCACAGCCCAAUUAAUUGUUCGUAUUAUGAAAACGCUUUGCUGAUUCCAGUUGUGCAAAGGAAAGUAACAAAUUUGUUCGUUAUUUAAACGAUGCACGGAGCGCCCAAGACGACUCUAGGCAACAUGAAAGGUAGCAGAGAUAAAGAAUCCAAAAUCACGACAGUGGUCGCAACACACGGCCAUGGACCCGACCGCCCCCAAGAAGUUGCCUAUACCGACACCAAAGUCAUUGGGAAUGGCUCAUUUGGUGUUGUAUACCAAGCGAGGCUUAUUGAAAGUAACGAGAUGGUGGCCAUUAAGAAAGUCCUACAGGACAAAAGAUUUAAAAACCGCGAGUUGCAGAUUAUGAGGAAGUUAGACCACUGCAAUAUUGUGAGGUUGCGUUACUUUUUCUAUUCCAGUGGAGACAAGAAAGAUGAAAUUUACUUAAAUCUUGUGCUUGAUUUCGUUCCGGAAACUGUAUAUCGUGUAGCAAGACAGUACAGCAAAUCAAAGCAAACUAUUCCUAUUUUGUACGUCAAGCUUUACAUGUACCAGCUUUUCCGUAGCCUUGCAUACAUUCAUUCGCAGGGGACAUGCCACAGGGACAUUAAGCCUCAAAAUCUCCUUCUAGACCCUGAGACAGCUGUUUUAAAGCUGUGCGACUUUGGAAGUGCCAAACAACUGGUUCGCGGCGAACCAAAUGUCUCUUACAUUUGUUCGCGGUACUACAGAGCACCUGAGCUCAUAUUUGGUGCCACGGAUUACACCUCAUCCAUUGAUGUUUGGUCUGCUGGAUGUGUGCUCGCUGAGUUGCUGCUUGGACAACCCAUCUUCCCAGGAGACAGUGGAGUUGACCAACUUGUUGAGAUCAUCAAAGUCCUCGGCACACCAACAAGGGACCAGAUACGCGAGAUGAACCCCAACUAUACUGAGUUCAAGUUCCCGCAGAUUAAAGCUCAUCCUUGGUCCAAAGUCUUCAGACCUCGAACACCUCCAGAAGCGAUAGCUCUUUGCAGUCGUCUCCUUGAAUAUUCUCCCGACAAUCGCAUUUCUCCCCUCGAGUCGUGUGCCCACAGUUUCUUUGACGAGUUGCGCUUACCCAACACCAAGCUACCAAACGGCCGGUCCCUUCCACCCCUGUUCAAUUUCACGGACAAGGAGCUGUCAAUCAAGUCACCGCUGAACAACAUACUUAUUCCCCUCCACGCAAGGAACGCCAACUCUGCUGGAUCCACAGGAGAUUAUAGCAUGGGAAACAGCAUCGAAAACAACGGCAGCACUUCAGCAAUUGGGGCUGGUGGUGUAAUCGCUACAUCAGCGCCACAACCCUAACUUAUGUUGUUUAGUACAUUACGUUUGUUCAUGUAAUUAAACCUUCUUUGUGUUAGGGAAUACAUAGCCUUGACUUUGACCCUUUUGUGCCCGAAUUCUUGUGUUUCUCAAAAUUCACUACAUUGCACUGUAAAUUGAACCUUUAUCUUUGCAAGUGUUACAAAAUCCUCUAUAUUUAUACAAAAGUAGUAAGUAAAAAUUCACACUUAUUUAUUUCUAUAAAAUUACUUUAUUUAAAAAGAUAUCUUCUAUAAAUCUAGCUUUGAAAUAAACUUCUCUAAAGCAAGAAGGGUACUUAAGGGUUAAACUGCUAUACCUCCACACAUCUCAUUUUCUGUAGUGUAUUUUCCAUGUACGAGCCAACACAAAGUUGUUACUUAGUUGGGAUGAGGUCCAUGUUGUACAAGUUGCUGGAGACUAACAAGCUUAACAGCAUCUGCGUCGUAUUAUAAAUAUGUUUUUUCUUGUAAUGUAAAUAGAUAUGGAAUUUCUUUGCUGGCUUAAUACAUUCUUGUUUUAUGUGUGUACACCUUGAUGAUGUACCUUUCCAUGUAACAAAGCAUUUUAAACCUUUUUAUCUUGUUUGAUUUUAUGUAGUGGAGUACACUUUUUAACACCCUCGCAAACACAACUGCACGCUUUCAAACCAAAGCAGUAGCAUUUCAACAAAACAAACUUAUUUUAAACCAUUUCCUCUACUCUAUUUUAAAACCACGUAAAAAUAGGAGAUUUAUUCAACUUGUUGUCAAUGAAUUAUCUCUUAGUAAAUUUGAAUUGUGUUAUUUAACUUAAAACCUAGCGGUCAUGAUGAGAAUAUCAACCAAACUAUACCAGCUGUCUCUACUAUUUCGCAAGUUUACAUCCAAACGCAUGUACAUACCUGCAUUCAAUUUCGAAAAGUAAGCACCAGCGUUUGCAAUUGUUUCGCAAAAGAAAUAUCUUUCGAAAACCAAUCGACCAUUUCUGGCCAUUUUUGUGGCCACUACAAAUUUUAAAAUUUUCUACUAUUAACUUGUUCUUUGUUCUUUUUUUAGUAAAAUAUUUGCGAUGUUGUACGCAACACGUAAUUGCUAAUGUGCAUGCCGUUGUAACGCUAGUUUUGUGGUGGUUUCCAUGUCGACUGCGUAUAAAUGUCACAAUGAAAACUGAUGAUGAAAGUAAACUUUGUACGAGACAAAACUGGUCAUUUUCCACCUUAAAAAAUGAUUUAUCUUUAGUAUUAAUCGACUUUUACUGUCUCUCAAGUGUUUGCUUCAAUUGACACAUAGUUUACCUGUUAAAUUGCGUGGUUUCGUAUUUGACAGA